AUGAGAGGCGCUACCGUCCUCAAGGUCGCCGACGACAAGACGAGACCUCUCAACAAGCACACACUGAUCGCGUACUCUGGCGAGGCGGGUGACACUGUUCGGAGCGGGAAGCUUCAUCGUCACGACGGCGAGAUAGGUGCUAACGUUAGAAUGAAACUAGUGCAAUUCGCCGACUAUAUUCAAGCAAACUCCCAGCUCUACUCGAUGCGUAACGAGACGGACCUCUCACCCUCCGGCCUGGCCAACUUCAUCCGCGGCGAGCUCGCCUCGAGCUUGCGUUCGCGCAAGCCCUACAACGUCAACCUCCUCCUGGGUGGCGUCGACCCCAUCACACAGAAGCCUGCGCUGUACUGGCUGGACUAUCUCGCCUCGCUGGCGCCGGUGCCAUAUGCCGCCCACGGCUACGCACAAUACUACUGCCUGUCGAUCCUCGAUAAGCACCACCACCCCGACAUCACCCUCGGCCAGGGCAUCAAGAUCUUGAACAUGUGCACGGACGAGCUCAAGAGACGGUUACCGAUUGACUUCAAGGGCAUGGUUGUCAAGGCCGUCACCAAGGACGGCAUCGUGGACAUAGAAUUCGACGAUGACAAGGUGGUGAAGGCUCCUUGA